CCUGGUAACUAUGUUAAGUUUAAUCUAUGUUGAGCGGAUAAACAACACACCACCAUUAUCUACAAUACGAUUGGCUGAUAAGAAUUGCAAAGUAAUCAGCGGAAAAUUUUCAAGGUUCCCUUAUUAAGUUUUUUCUAUUGGCUUUCAGUUGACCCCGCGAAGAAAAAAGGAUUUAACGCACUAAUUUUUGAAUGGUUGAAUUUGAAUAAGACACAGGGGUAAAGAAGACAUAUUCAAUUAGAAAGGGGGUAGAAAUACAAACAGUGAGUUAGUAAGAAACAUUUCAUCAUUUGUGAAUAAGGGACGUUCGAGUUAACACCAGCCGGAUUACUUACUUGGAUUAUUCUAAACGUUAUUCAAUUUUUUUUGAAAACACCUUAUGUUUUGGCUACAUAUUUAAUUUGGAUUAUAACUAUAAACUGGAUAAUUAUGCAUAAAUCUCGUUCACGAACUUCUGGUGUAUAUAGAGUUGAACAUCUUGUCGGAAAACGAAUACGUGGGAGUCGUGUAGAAUACCUAGUGAAAUGGAAAAAUUGGUCUGACGAACAUAAUACAUGGGAACCAGAAAAAAAUAUAUUAGACAGACGAUUAAUUGAAUCAUUUGAAAGACGUGAAAAACGUAAAAAAGCACAACAAGAAUUAAAUUCACAUGAACGAAGUAUCAGUGAGGAAAGUCAACGAUCUUCAUCUUUAAAUUUACCAGAUAAACAUCAUGAAUAUCAUCAUGACAAUAUUUCUAAAUCUAAAGAAAAUGUAUCAAUGAUUACAAGUCCAGAAAGAGUGAUAUGUUCACGAGGUACAAUAGAAUGUGAAAGUCCUAUUAUUUUGUCAAAAACUGAUCCAAUUCUUUCUUCUUUCCUUAAUACUGCUGCUACCUCUGCAAAAGUUAUUUAUAAUAAGGAUUCUGAUAAUGUUAUAAAAAAUAUUCCAAUAUCUUCUUGUUCACCAAAUUUAUCGAUAGAUCCUAUGACUAGUAACAGUAGUACGAGAACAACACCGAAUUCGAUUAGUUCACCAGUUAAUAUUGAAUCGAACAAUAAUAAUAAUGAUUUAUGCUUUGAUCGUCGUUUCCGUCGGACAACUUUACUUGUUGCCGCUGCUUCUGCUUCCGCUGCUAAUGCAGCUGCUGCGUUAGCACAUUCUAGAAUAUCUGGAAGACAAACGCAACAAACUACUAAUAUUACUCAUACGGAAAAUUCUCAACCUGUUAUCAGUCAGUCUUUAUCGGACAUGCCUAGAAAUAUAACUACUAGUACUACUACUACCACCACCACUACUAGUAGUAGUACUAUCAAUACUACGACUACAAUUACAACUUUUAAUGUAACAAAUGAUGAGAGACCAAAGAUUCGUCUGACUAUACCACGUGAUCGUAUAUUACCUUGCCCACCAGUAGGUGUAUCAAGUAAUUCUUCUUGUAAUAGUCAAAAUUCUUCACAAUUAACUAGUUCAUCUAUUGAAGAUUCAGAUCAUUCAUCUUUUCUUGAAUUGAAUACUUCACUCAAACAUGAUGAUUCAAUUUCAACUGCGACAAAAACUACGACACAUUUUAUUGCACCGGUUGAAUUACCACGUCGAAGUAAUACAACUUUAUCACCACAUACAUUCAAUCCAACAGGAGGUAUGCGUCUUCCAGAGAUUCAGAUUGAAAAUUCUCCACAAUCUUUUUAUACAGAUACAAUUGGUACAUUGAACACUUGUAAGUCACCUAAAUGGACUAAACAGACACCUUGUAUAAAUACAUCAAAUGUUAUGCAAUUGCCCAAAAUUUUUAUUUCUUCUGCUACAAUCCCUUCAUCAUCGUCAUCAACACCAUUCGAUCUAAUUAUUUCUACAAAAAAGCGUCAUCGACAACUUAGAUCUGAAAGUUGUUUAUCCUCUCCAGGAAACGAAGAAUAUGAAUUUUCUAAAAGACGUAAACAUUCACAAAAGAAAGACAAGCGUAAACGACGUCAUGAUCAAACUUCUGAUCAUCAUCAUUAUUAUCACCAUCAUCAUCAAAAAAGUGGUUACUCUUCAUCAUUCGAAGACUAUAAUGUGAGUGUGAGUAAAAUACGUCGACGUUCCGGUUCAUCUACCUCAUUAACAUCAUCAUUAUCGACAGAUAGCUUUUCACCUACUAUUUCAAAUCAUACAUCACCUAAUGAAGAUUUUCCACGUUUGGCUCCAUUACGCAUACAUUUACCAAGAUCGCUUACUACACAAUUAUCUGGAUCGGACAGUGUAUGUUCAUACACUGAUAAUCAUCAUGAAUCAUUGAUUGAUUAUCAUCAUCAUCCUACAUACAGACUUUCAUCAUCAUCAUCAUCUUCAUCAUCAACUUCCUCAACUUCAUGCAGAACAACAGUUUCUACGAAACAUAGAAAUGAUAUAAUUAUUGGACAAAAUCAUAUGUUAUCACAUAAUACAACAAAUCAAAUUCAUUCAAAUUAUAGAGAACAAAUUCAUCUUGUGCCAGAAAUGUGUAUCACUGAUAUAACUGUUGAUGGCUUAACUAUUAGCAUUAAGGAAUGUAGUGGUCCAGGGAAUUUUUUCGGUAUACCAACUAGUCAACUUGUUCAACAUAAUUGUUAUAAAAAUGAAUAUAUUACUAAUUCUGAUGAUGAUGAUGAUGAUGAUGAUUUUACUACCGUAACUACAGUUAUUGAUUCAUGCAAAAUGCCCAGUACUACAGUGACUACUACCAAUAGUACGUCUACAAUUACUACUCCGUAUACAAUGACAACACCAACACCAAUAACCACACGGACAAUUAAACCGUUAUGCUUGAAUUUAAAAGAACAAAAUCUUUCCUCUGUUAUCAAAAAAUUAGAUACUUCGAUAGAAGAUAAUUUAACCAUUAAUAAUAGUAAUAAUAAUAUUAAUGAUCUCACUACAAAAAAUGUAGAUAAUGUAAAUUUAUGUGAUAUUAAACAGGGAAAUGUGGUUAGUAUUGAUAAUGAUAAUAUGAUACAAAAGUAUGUAAAAAAAAACUCACUCAGUCAAUAUGCAGAUGAGAAUGUUGCCCCAGAUCAACAACAAAAUUGUAUCAAUUAUCCUGUAAAUCAAUCAAAUCCAGACAUGUCUGAUCUAUCAUUACAUUCCAUUUCGCCAGUUUCCAUUUCUUCUCCAUUAUUAACAUCAUCGUCACCGGAUACCAUGUGUUCAAUUGUUAUCACAUCAUUGCCAUCGUCAUCACCUGAGAUGAAUAAUCUUCAAUUAAGUACAAUUUAUGAAGAAACUGAGACGUCAUCUACAACUAUCUCAUCAGUAGUAUCAGUUGAAAAUGAACAUAAAAUUGAAAAUGAAACAAUUAUCGAAAGCUGUUCUACACCAAAUCCAACAGUAAUCAAAUCUGAAAACGAAUUGACAAUUAUCCCAUCAACUUCGUCGAUCAUUGUUAAUAACACAUCAGUUCCCUCAUCAUUAUCAGCUCCAUCGUCAUCAACAUCUGAGAUUGUAUUAUCUAGUCACUCACAAUCUUCAUCGUCAUCUUUUAUGUUAGCUGCUACAGAGGCUAUUAUGAAAAGUUCAUUGAAUUCUCCAAGUUCGCCAGGACUUUUAUUACCUCCAAGACGGUCAUCUACACCAAUUGAACAUAGUCCUCCUUAUAUACCUCAAUUAUCAUUUAUAAAUUCCUGUAAAAAAUCUAAUUUAAAUGAAACAUUAUGUCAAUCAAAAUCACCUCCACAAUUACAUGACACUACCAUUUUGCAUACUAACCAAACCAAUAAUAAUAAUGUUUGUAAAAUAAAUAAUCCCAUUACUUCAACCAAUACUGAUAUCAAUACCAUAGCUACAUGUAUAUCGAUUUGUAAACCCUUGCCAACACUUGCUAUUAAUACCACCACCACUGCUUAUAGUAAUAAUAAUAGUAAUUCACCUCGUAAAACUUUAAAUUUGAAACCUUCAAUUACUACUACGACUACUAUUUCUGCUAGUAGUAGUACACGGAAUCGACCAAUGGCAACUAUAUUUGGUCAAGUACGUAAUCGUGGUACUACUAGUGUUAAGUAUACUACUAAUACUGGAGUUAAUCAGCUGACAUCAACUAUUAAUAAUACUAGUUAUGUAAAUAGCGUGGAAUAUUCUUCUUCACGUAAAACAUCAGUCAAAUCGAAGUAUGCAUCAACAGUAAUAACAAAUAAUUGGAAUAAUCAUACUUGUGAUACAUUGAAUUCAUCAAAAGCAAUCGGUAUGAUAAAUGCUUCACAAAUGAAUAAUAAUCGUAAGAAAACCAAUUAUUUAGAUAGUAUCUAUACUUUUCCUGAUGAAUCUCCUACAUAUACAAUUCCAAAUUGUAGUAGUACAAUUAGUAAUACCUGUCAUUUGGAUACUGUGUCAUCAUCAUCAUCAUCAUCAUCAUCUCCACGUAUUAUAACGUCUUUAGAUCCAAAACAUACCCAUUCUUCUGUAAGAUCUAAAUCCGCUGUUAAACAAAAUCAUUAUCUACAACGAAAUCAACGAUGUCUUUCCUCAUCUUCACCAUCAUCUCUCACGUCAGUAUCUUCAACGUUGUCAUCAUCGUCAUCAUCAUUGUCUACAACAACAAUACAAUCAGAUUUAAUGAUAAAGACAUUGUCACCAUUUUUAAACUUAUCCACACUAUCUUCUUCAAUUAUUCACCCAAAUAAUAAUAAUAAUAAUAAUAAUAAUGCUUCCUCCUUGGAUCUAUGUUUAAGCACACCAUCUACUGUCAUUGAUAAUCAACAACAUAAUGUUAAUAAUAAUCACAAUAAUAAUAAUGGUAGUAAUGGUAAUAAUAGUACUCCCAGUUCAUCGUAUCUUCAUAAAGCGAAUCCCGACAGUUCUGCAUUAGCUGCAGCGGUUUGUUUACAACAAUUACAAAUGCAAAUGAUGUGUUAUACCACUAAUCCGACUGCGAUGGCUGUUGCUCUAAAUGCCUUAAAUGGAUUUUCGUCCAAUUCCAUCAUACCAAAUAUGAAUUUUUCAUCAUUCCAUAUGAAUCCAGGAGCUAGCCAUCAAAGUAAUAAUAAUAAUAAUAAUAGCACAGUAACUACGACUACUGCUACCAAUACUGCUAGUAAUAGUAAUGCUAAUACUUCAGAAUGGUUAACAUCGAAUAAUAAUAAUAAUAAUAAUAAUAAUAAUAAUAAUAAUAAUAAUAAUAAUUUCCUCAAUACACUUAACCCCAUGGAUUCGAAUUUCACACUACCUAUCAACAAUCCAUCAUUAUUAUUCUUUCCAAAUGAACAAGGGUUAUUGUUAAAUCCUUGCGGUAUACCAUCUACUUAUCCUAAUCAUACUAGUAGUAGUAAUCAUUCUACAGAUUUCAGUAUGUUUACUCAAUUUACUGAUUAUAUUGAUGGAUUUUCAUUAGGGAAUAUGUUGAAUCCAUCAUUGUCAAAUCUAACAUCUGGAUGUCCGGAUCUAUUGAAUCUAAAUGGUAUACACUUAUCUCCAUGUCUCAAUACGAAUUCAUUAAUAACAACCGCCACCAACACAACAACAACAGGAACAGUAAAUGACAUGUUAGAUAAUUCCGAUCUACCUAUUGAUUUGUCUGCGAAAAGAUGAUUUGUUUUUGGAUAGUUCUUGUACAGUUCUGGUUUACUUUUGUUUAUAACAAAAUACUACAGUGCUUUCAUUGUAUAUAGAUAUCAAUAUUUUUUAAUCAUAUAUAUAUAUAUAUAUAUAUAUAUAUAUAUAUAUAUAUUGUUUAACCUUAUUAAAAUAUUCAGAUUUAUUCCAUAUUUAUAUACUGAAAUACAUAGAAUCUAAUUAUCUUAGAAUUCUUUCAUUUCAUUUAAUCACUAUUCUCUUUUUUGCUUGUCUAUCCCCUCUAUCACUUCUCGGUCUCCUGUAAUAUGUAAAUACUUCUCUUCUUUGGUUGUUGAUAAUGAUUUAGUAGUCAAGUUAUAAUAAAUUGUAACUGAUGAGUAUCAUACACUACUACUUUCCAUUCACAUACAUUAUACAUUUCGAUAUGAUGAGACUAUGUGUAUGAAUUAUUGAUUACUUCAGUCAAUAAUCAUAAUGAAAUUUCCUAAGUUGAUGGAUUUUAUUACACAAUUAGAAUACUAAUAGUCUCUUCAAUCACGAUUUUAUUCGUUAAUAUCGAUUCACCUUUCUUCAAAUUACACAAUAUACAUAUUAUACUUUAUUCUUCCUUUUUCUUUGUCUCUUAUGUAAACAUACAUACAUACAAAUUACUUCAAUUUUUACUUUCUAUUCUUACUGAAUUCCGAUUGUUGUUUUUUUCACCUACCUUAGUUAUUAUUUUCAUUUCUUUGUUUAGUUACUAGUUUUGUUUUCGUUUUUUUUCGCUUUCUCAGAGUAUUUCAGCAUAUGUUUACAUAAACAUAUAUAUAUACAUAUAUAUAUAUAUAUAUAAAUAUAUACCCCUUCUGGAGAAAAAUAUCUGCCAUAUUAAGUCAAGAAAUUAUUAUAAUGAACAAACAAAUACAUAAAGAGUACAGUAAUGUAUAUUUUGUUUGAUUACUUUUUCUGACUUCUUUUUUCGUUCAAAUGUGUGUGCUUACUUGACAAAUCCAACGGUAGAAUGAAAUAUAAUUCAAUUACAAAAGCGGAAUAAGUUUUUGUGAGAUACCACCAAUUAUUAUUAAUCGCGUAGAUAUGUGCAGACUAAUCUUUUGUUAUAUCAUUAAGGUUAUUGUAAACAGCUAUUGGAGACGUAUGAAAUCGUUUAAAUACUGGUUACUGUUUUAUUUUACUAUAAUUUCCCUUGAUCACUUCGUCUCAUUGUGAUGAUGUAAUGCCCUGAUAUAAACAGCUGCAAGUUCUGUACUUUGCAGAACAUCUAUUGAAGGCUCACUUUUGACUGGUGUUGUGUUUCAGUGAUUGUUAUAAAUUGUGGCCGAGUGGAUGCCCUGCUAAUGUAUGACGUGAUGAGAUCGCUAAUUAGAGAGCAGUGAUUUAU